AUGCCCAACCUUCUGCUGUCCCUAGUCUCAGGCUCCAGACAGGGAUGCGAGGUGCUUUUGGGAAGCCCCAGGGCACUGUGGCCAGAUCAUCAUGUCCAUCUGCACCGAGUUGCAGAACAAGGAGCAUGUGAUUGAGACCCUGCGCAGGGCCAACUUCAAGUUCCCUGGACGCCAGAAGAUCCCCAUCUCCAAGAAGUGGGGCUUCACCACGUUUAAUGUAGAUGAGUUAGAAGACAUGGUGGCCGAAAAGUGCCUCCUCCCAGAGGGCUGUGGAGUCAAAUACAUUCCCAACCGUGGUCCCCUGGACAAGUGGUAGGCCCUG